AUGUAUGUGUGGGGCAUGGAUGAUGUUUCUAAGAAAGACAUUGGUCGUCACAGCAAAUACAGGGAUAUCAAUUUGAAACGUGGUGGAGAAACAGCAGCUUCAAAGUGUCCCCUGCGCAUUUCGUUCCUCGAGAGUCCCACUAAGUUGCUUCCUGUUCAUGAGGGAGGGGACGAUGAGGGAGGGUCUCCCAAAAGGAGAACCUCCAAGAUUGACUUCCCUCAAAGCCCUACAUCGCUGAAUUCACCUGAAGUUACAUCAGCUAUCACUCUGGAUGGGAGACUCGGUGUCAGCCAGGGAGAUGUCAAUGCAACUGAUGAUCUGUUCUUCUGUUCUCCAUUCCAUGUGCACACACGGACUACAAGCAUGUAUCCUUGCUCUCAAUCCUUGCAGGAACUCCCUAUGUUUAGGCCACGGACGCCUCCCCCAUCGUAUCAAGCUGCCAUUGGUAAUGAUAACACCGAUGAUGAUGAUGAGGCCGACAAUGGAUCACUCAAUGCUUGUGCACUGUUACUCCAACCUCUUUCAAUGUUGUGCCUGACAUCGCCCACAAAAACCACACCUACACGACCUCCACUAGUAACAGCUCUGCCAAUUACUCCAUGA